GCUAAUUUCAUCAGUCUAUUUCAUCAUGCAUUUUUUGCACCAAUAAAAGUGUGAUAUCUCAAAUAUCACUGAAUUAUAUUCAUCAAAAUGAAGAUCCAGCAAGUGCUAAAUUGUACCUUCUCAAGAUGGUACCCUUCUUUUAAGGAUGUUACAAUCAAAAGUGAAAUUAUCCCGAUUCCAGAUGACGUAGUCCAGUAUCUUUUAUCUGACGGUAUUGUUCUCCCUAGAAGUGCUAAACAUGGUUGCACAGUCAAGAAAGAAAGAAAUCAAAACGAUCGUUGGGACAUCCCAGAUGAAGAUGAGAUCGAUUGGGACUCGGACGAGGAAGAUGAAUCAAAGAUACCAAAUUUUCCAGAAUUUGAGAAGAGAGUCCAGAGAAGCAUAAAAAAGUUAGGGGGGAAGGUAUUUCCGAAACUGAACUGGAGUGCACCAAGGGAUGCCACCUGGGUUGCCAUGAACAACUCACUGAUGUGUAAGAGUCUCGGCGAUGUCCUUCUUCUCCUUAAGAGCUCAGACUUCAUAACUCAUGAUUUGACAAUACCUUUCUCUGAUUGUGACAACAGCUCAGAUUUUGAUGACGUGGCUUAUGAAUUAGUCCUGAGACAGUGGCAUGACAUACAACCCGGAAUGGAGUUCAGGUGUUUUGUCAAAAAUAAGACAAUCAUUGCCAUCAGCCAGAGGUCAUCAGCAUAUUAUCCAUUCAUCAAAUCCCAGGAGGAUGAGCUUGUUGAAGAAAUAUUAAAGUUUCAUGAUGACAUCAUGAAAGAUAAGUUUCCUGACUCAGAUUAUGUGUUCGAUACUUAUCGGCACGGUGACGAUGCGGUAUGUUUAAUUGAUAUUAACCCCUAUGGUGCUACGACAGACCCACUUCACUUCACGUGGGACAGGAUCCGGCAGCUAGCAAGUGAAUGUGAGGCAAUGGAGGCAAAUCAGGACUGGGAGCCUGCUGUGGGAUACUAUGAUAAAGAGCCUGGGGUCCAGCCGAAUGAGCUCCAUGCCUUUGCCAUGCCGCAAGACUUCGUAGACUUGUCUAGAGGGGAGGACCCACUCAAAAUGAUUGAUUUUCUAAAACUGCAACAACAGGGUAACCAAGAUGACAGUUCAUCAGAUGAAAACUCAUGAUAGUGGAGUCUCCUGAAUACCUAUGUUUUGAUUCGUUGACCGCGUGUCUGUGGAAGACAGGCCAAACUGCACAGAUUUCAUUGACUGCUCACAAUUGGAUUCCGAUGUGUUUUUGUAACGAUCACUCGGAUGAAAAGUCAUGAAAGCAGAAUCAGUAGAGGCCAUGCAUAUGAUGUCAUCACAUCCUCUUUCACAUUUGCUUUCCUUUUGAAUGCCUACUCUCCAGGGAGUAUUCCUUCUCCAAGACGGGAUGAGCGUUUUUACUUGCAACUGUGUAUAGGAGUCCAUAAGAGUUUAUUAGCCAGGCGACUCUGUCUUCAUCUGAGGGUAGAGUCCAUUGCAAGCCACUCAUGUUUCUUGCUUGGUGGGGUCUUUUGCUUGGCCUGGGGAAGACACCAGAUGCAAGGAAGAGGACCCCCUCUCUAUUUCUAACCACAAUUGUUAGACCAAAUGCUGGCCCAAAGAUUUUACCACACAUGAACUUCUGUUGGGAUCAGAACCGGUGCAUUUUAUGUGACAAGCAUGUCACAAUCAGUCUUGGUCUUUAGUGUAUUGAGUAUCGAAAUUAAAAGAUACUGACACGUUCAUGUGUCGAGUCAUAUGUGAAAUUUUAUUGUAAAUCAAAAGGUUAUGCGUCAUUAAAACUACU